AUGUCGACGACCACAUCGUUCAAGACACCUCCACCGGAGUUACUCUCGACGAAGAUUCUGUUCCCUACUUCGCAAAUACUCCUCAUCGUCCUCGACAACCCCAAGUCGUUGAAUUCCCUGUCUACCCCGGUACAUUGGUCUCUCGACAGGCUGCUGGCCUGGUAUGACAACGAGCCCGGGCUGCGAUGCGCAAUCAUGACAGGCGCAGGGCGAGCGUUCUGUGCCGGCGCCGAUCUGAAAGAGUGGAACGAGAGCAAUGCACGCACUGCGGCCAAGACAACUGGCGGGGAAAGUACCUUACCAGCCAGCGGCUUCGGAGCCGUCAGUCGCCGGAGUGGCAAGAAGCCGCUGAUCGGCGCGAUCAAUGGACUGGCGUUUGGUGCCGGAUUGGAGAUGGUGGCGAAUAUGGACUUGGUCGUGGCUGCGAAGAGUGCGCAAUUCUGUCUUCCCGAAGUUAAGCGUGGCACGGUCGCCAUCGCUGGUGCAUUGCCUAGGAUUGCUAGGACUUUGGGAAGACCUCGAGCAAUGGAGCUCGCUCUGACUGGCAGGCCGGUCGCCGCGAGGGAGAUGAAGGAGUGGGGGUUUGUCAAUGCCGUGACUGAUGAUGCACCGGCUGAUGCACAUGUGCUUUCCCGGCCCGUUGUUCAAAAGGCUUUGGAGUAUGCAGAACAGAUUGCAAGCAAUUCUCCUGAUAGCGUGAUCGUUAGUCGGGCUGGCAUCAUCCUCGGAUGGGAAGAUGGAUCUGCAGAACAUGCAAGCACAAACAUCGUGGAAGUCUGGGGAAGGAGAUUAAACGAGGGAGAGAAUUUGCAUGAAGGCGUUCGAGCAUUUGUGGAAAAGAGACAACCGACAUGGGUAGGAAGCAAAUUGUAG